AUGCCUGGUGCAAAUGAAGAAACAGUGAGCAACAAGCAGGUUAUAUUCAAAAAUUAUGCGAAUACACGUUACCCUGAAGAAUCAGACAUGUAUUUGAGUAGUAAUCUGAUCAAACUCCAAGUCCCAGAAGGAAGUAAUGGAGUUCUUGUCAAGAAUCUCUACUUGUCUUGUGAUCGCUACAUGAGAAACCUAAUGAAGACUGUCACACUCAGCCUAGAUUUUCCCGUUUACAAGCCCGGUUCACCUCUAUAUGGAUAUGGAGUGGCCAAAGUUAUAGACUCUAGACAUCCAGAAUUCAAGAAAGGUGAUUUGGUUUGGGGAAUAACAACAUGGGAAGAAUAUAGCCAUAUUGCAACACCAACACCAAAAACUCUCUUCAAAAUUAACCCAACUGACGAUUUGCCUCUUUCCUAUUAUCUUGGAAUUCUUGGUAUGCCCGGCAUAACUGCCUAUGUUGGAUUUAAUGAGAUUGGUGCUCCAAAGAAAGGAGAGUAUGUGUUUGUUUCAGCAGCUUCUGGUGCAACUUAUUUAUUGAUUUGGUCAAAUCGUGGAGCCAAACUAGCAAAGUUGGCUGGUUUGCUAUGUAGUUUGGAAAGUGCUGGAAAAGUAAAAGAGGAAACGUGA